GCUUUUCUGGGUUCCUUUUUUUCUAUCCUAUCCUAUAUAUCCCAGAGUUGCUGGAAACAAUUUUAUUUCCUGUACAACAUUUGACUGAAGUUGACGCGCUUGUAGUUCAAUCCAGACCUCAUCAUGCGCAUUUCGUUUAACAUAGUGCUACUCGGAGCGUUGGUGUUUGCGACCCAUUCGGUCCACUCUAUCGAAGACUUUCCGGCUCAGGUGGGAGUCAAUCGCCACGGCCAGACCAUCAACGUCAACGGACAUCUCAUCGGCAUUUCCCGGCAAUCGCACGAGCACGACGACAUCUCAGUAGAACUUCUCGGCCGGGCUCCAAUGAAUUCCGGCAACGGCCAGAAUGUUCAAAGUCGGAUACCAAUGGCGCCAAUGGCACCCACCAACACCCUGCAAACUGUCCGACUCUUCAGAGACUCAGACGAGCGUCACGACAUAUCGCUGGAAGACAUGAUUGUCCGCCAGCACAACCGCCAACUUGUCCCCGGCCAACAACGUGUCCGUCCAUUCAGAGACUCGGACGAGCGUCACGAUUUUUCGAUCGAAGAUUUGAUCGGCCGCGGAGCGAUCCGCCAGAACAUCCAGAGCCGGAAAUCGCCCAUCCAGCCGGGCGGAAAUAUUUUCAUGGACUCUGACGAAAACGACUUGUCCGAUGAAGUUAAUAUGUCUCUACUCCCCGAAUUGCUCCGCCUUCUCCAGCCGCAAGUCCAGCAAAAUCGGGUCCCAGUUGCCGCCAACCAGCCCGGCGUCAGUCAGCCAAUCAUCCAGCAGCGCCACAACGAAAUUGCCAGCCCUGUUUUGGAAUUCCAAGAGAUCCUGACGAAUCCCACUUUCCAGCAAAAGCUACAAGAAAUCGACGAGCGUUUGAAAAGGGCGCCCGCCGCCAGAGGCAAGCGCCUCAUGGAGAAAUACGCCACAGCUCUGGCCAUCUACUCGUCCCCGUCCAAUGCCGGAAGCCCGUCAAUUAAUUUCUCUCACUUCCUUCCGCUUUUCAUCGCCUGUUUCUGGGUUUGGCUUUCUUAAAUUUCAAAUGCGUCAAUCAUUUUUUUAAGACCUGCAGAACAAAAGCCUUUUUUGUUUUGUUUUUCCUAUUUUCAAAUGUUAUACAGUUUCAAAAAUUUGAGAAAACGGCGGUAAAAAAAAGGGGGUUUUUGAAUUUAAAAUUUCUUUCUCUAGUUCGAGGAAAAAAGAAUAAAAGAUGUUAAUAAGAAUGGAAUAACUAUGUCGAUUGAUUAAUAAAAAAAAAAACAUUUUUAAUCUC